AUGUCUCGUGGGCAUAUUCUUCAUGACUGCCCCUCCCUGGAGGAACUUCCUCGUGGACCUUUCAAGACAGAGUCAGAGUUCUAUGAUAGUCUCCUCACUGCCAUGAAAUAUCAUGCGGAGUCUCUUCCUAUGACACCUCACUGCUUCAUUGCUCCUGUACCUUCUCGUGAAUAUCAUGAAAGUGACGCUGCUCUCAACCUUAUUACCCGUCGCGAAUCUCUGAACCCAGAACUGCUUUCAUCAAACUCGUUUCCCCUUUAUCACCCUGAUUUGAGCGCUAACAAUAUUUUUGUUGACGACGAUUUCAACAUUAAAUCCAUCAUCGAUAGGCCAUUCUGUUCGUCGGUCCCACUUUCAGUGCUAUUAUCCCCUCCUGGACUUCCCCAGUCCCGGUAUAAACUACCUGAGGAGCUUCAUCGGGCCUUUAAAGAGGGCUACAAAGAUGCAUGUCGCGCAGAUUCACCUAAAGGACACCAUUCUCUCGCUUCUGAUGCAGUUGCAAUUCUUGAGGAUACCGAGUUCACAUGGUCUCUCAUCCGACUUCUUACUUUUGAUUCACUCCAUGAUUUCCGUCUGUUUCGCACCCUGUGGGAUGAGGUUCACCGCCAUGACGAUGAUAUUGAGAAUUCCAGUAUUGAGCAAAGACUCCGACCUCACUAUAUGCAAUUAUAUGAGGAGAUACAGGCAGACGACAGACCUAUCUCCGAGGUUCGCAAACGGGAGAAAGAUGACUUUUCGAAUGCCACGGAUUUUGCCGUGGCGCGAUAUCUCACAGUCGUGUCAAAUUGGGGGUCUAUCGGUUUCCAAAUUCGAAGUUGUUCCUGGCAGAUAGAAAAUUGUGGCAAUGGGUUACAAAAGCUAAACAGGAGUGGGAUUUCCAAGGUUAUUAACUUUCAAGGUUGA